CCUCCCCCCUUUGGUUGGAACCGUUUGGCGUGCUUUAACGUUCUGACACCACCAGCGGUAAGAAUGCGAAGGUGGAAAGGAAAGAAAAAAAAAAAAAAAAGAGCUGGAGAAGAAAGAAAGAAAGCCAAUGCGUAGCGGCUCGUAUUUUCCCCACAAAGCUACCAAAACCGGUAUUGGCUGCAAAAGGGGGCGGUGGUCCCGACAGCUUGGCAAUCAUCCACAUUGUUUCCACAGCCUCAAAGAAGAGCUCAUAGGGCUCAUAGGCUAUGUGUGUGUAUUAGGUAACAUUACAACUUCAUGCAAUGACGUCGAUCCCAUCUUACUAUGUGUGCUAUGGCAUCGUGGCAAACGAAAACAGCUUCGCGAGAGCUCUACCCGGACACACAAGGGUAGCAAGGUAGAAAGGGAUAUCCACUUCGUCCAUCGUCAGGGCUCAAACGUCGCCCUCAGCUACGAUUAUAAAGACAUCGCGAAGUCGUCGUAGAUUUCACUUUCCCUUCUCACUCUCAUCCUCAUCCAACAAUCAAUCAGCCCAACUCAACUCACUCACUUCACUCCUUACCAACUCUCAACACUCUUUUUUCAAGUCUCUAAAACUUCCCAACCCAACCAACACCAUCAAGAUGCUUUUCACCGCCGCCGCCGCUACCUUCUUCUUUGGCGCCAGCGCCCUGGCUGCCCCCGGCUACACCACCGGCAACACCGGCUACCCAGCUGGCCAGGCCGCCCCCGCCUCCGGCGAGGACGUGACCAUCAAGAGCUUCUCCGCCCACAAGGUCGGCGCUGACGGCGCCUCCGCCGGCAACAUCGACGGCAUCUCCUUCAAGCUCACCGGCCGCGACGCCACCGACCUCACCUGCCUUGCCAGCUUCGACAAGGUCCAGGGCCUCCCCACCGACGUCAUCAACUGCGCCGACGGCAAGUACCGCUUCCGCGUCGCCGCCGGCGCCGACUCCAACAGCUUCGCUGUCACCAUCUACCACGAGGUUGGCACUGCUGCCGGCUUCAGCGGCGAGAGCGUCGUCCCCGUCAACUGCCGCUCCGGUGGCCAGGACACCGAGGUCUGCAGCCAGGUCGCGGACGCCACCUUCCACCUCGCUUAGAUGGGUGCGCCCAAUGUUUGCCGCCUACCUCGGCAGGCGACAAACAGCCAAGUUACUCAUGUAAUACGACGCGGAUGAGAACUUUUUUUAUAACGAGCGAGUCUUUAUGAAGGCUUACGGAGAUACAAAAAAACGGGGCUGCCUGCUCUUCGGAGCACCAUCAUUUAUAUAGAGACGUACACACACUUUUAGACCUUAGCAUACAUCAUUGAUUUCAGCGUUCGACAGCAUCAAUGUAAUCUAAUUCAUGCCAUACAUACUUUUAUAUGCA